GGAGUCGUUCCUGAUGUUCCUGCCCCGCUGGUAGAACCGGAUUGGCCUGCGGGGGAGCUGCCAUAUGUGUGUCCCGGGGAGGCUGCAGUGUCGCUGCGACUGAUCUGAGCAACACAAGGAACAUCCCCGUGUGUCUGUAGGGAACGCAUUUUAACUGUCAGUCUUUGCGCCAUGUCCCGCGACUCAGUGCAGAUCCCCGACGACCGGGACUUCCAGAACUUCAGGAGCGAGUGCUACUCGGACGCCGGUUGGACCCUGACUUACAGCAAAUCCGGGGUCACCGUCUGGAUCCAAAUCCUGGAGGAGGAGAGAGCCAUGCACAGGAUCAGGUGCAAGAUGGAGUGCAAGGAGGUCUCGGCGGAGGUGUUUUAUGAUGUCCUGCAUGACAUCGAGUACCGCAAGAAAUGGGACUCCAACGUCAUCGAGACCUUCGAUAUUGGAAAACUGACAGUUAAUGCUGAUAUUGGAUAUUAUGCCUGGAAGUGCCCCAAACCCCUGAAGAAUCGUGAUGUCAUCACACUGCGCUCCUGGCUGCCAUUUGGGAAUGAUUACAUCAUCAUGAACUAUUCCGUGAAGCACGCGAAAUACCCUCCAAGAAAGGACUUGGUCAGAGCAGUGUCGAUCCAGACUGGGUAUCUGAUCCAGAGCGGAGGCCCAAAAAGCUCCACCCUAAUCUACCUGGCACAGGUUGAUCCCAGAGGAUCUUUGCCCAAGUGGGUUGUCAACAAGUCCUCUCAGUUUUUAGCUCCGAAGGCAAUGAAAAAAAUGUACAAAGCCUGUGUGAAGUAUCCUGACUGGAAGAAGAAACAUAAUCCCCACCACAAACCAUGGCUUUACCCAGAGCAGAGCAACCUGCCCACCAUCAGCCUCUCUGAUGUGACCAUACAACAUGCCGACUCUCUGGAGAACAUUGAUGAGAGCAGCGCCACAGAGACCAAAGACGACCGGGGAGAUGCCAGUGAUGAGGACAGUGUCAACUGAGAGUCCUCUCAACUCUUGCCAUCUUGUUGGUGUCCACCUGAUCAUCAUAGUGCAGACAACAGUGGGAUCAAUGAAUAAAAAAAGGGAAAAAGGAUGAGACCCAAAUGCAACCCUGGGGCACUGGAAUUUGGGACUUGUGGAAUAUCUACUGCCUUGUGAUUGUCAUGGACUUCAAGAAUGUCUCCAAGAAUGAAAUAUGUCCAGUCUUUUCAGAAAAAAGAAUAUGAAUGAAUGAAUAUGAAAUAGAAAUAAUUGUUUAUAGGUGGGGAGUGGGAGUGAGCACAGGGGUGUGUUUGAGUACUGUCUAGGGGUAUGGCUUACAUUGGGGCAGCUCUGGUACCCAUAGCCAUAGCCUCUCACAGUUGGGUUGAUAUCAUAUCCCAGGUUGUGUAAUAAAGAUCAAAUGUACCAAUAUUUGGGCCCCAAAUAAGUAAUCUUUAUGGUAUUUGAUUCCAUAUAGUUUAUAGAGUUUCCUCUGGGGCAAGUUGAUGAAUCCUUUAAACCCGCUUCUAUAGUCAACUGCCAAAAGGCCCCAUCUGGACCUUCUGGUGGCUUGGAUUACCAUAGGUGUUGCUAAAUUGGCCAGUGAUCUAUCCAAUCAACGUCUGGUCCAUCAAGUAUAAGUUGGUUCCCAUUAAAAGAAUGGAAAAUAAAUAUGACACCCAACAGGAUACAAAGUAUUAGGAAGCUGAUUGUGUUGGAGAAGACCCUAUAGAACAAGGAUGUCCUACCUGCAGCCCAACAGCUUUUCCUGCAGUUGGAUAUAACGCAGUGCUUAGUCAGUAAUUAUCCUGGUGAUCCAGUUUUCAUAACUAACUGCCACUUGUAUGUUUUAAAGGCCAAACAGGCGUUUAGUAGGGAUCAUUUCAUCUAAGCUUUGAUAACCUCAACUGAAAGUUAUGGUCAACCAAAACCAACCUGCCUUUCCCAAUGGGCCUGCCUUUCUCCAUUGUUACGCUGAUCUGAAGGGCAGGACACUAUGUUUUCUGCUACUCUCUGUUCAGCUAAUCGUGCCUUUCAAUAAAGAGAAUGUCCACCUCUACACAUUGCUCUAGAAGGUUUAUGUUCCAUGUGAAUAAAAUGUGAAUCCUUUCACAUAUAAGAAGUAUCUGCUUCAGCUGGGCCCAACCCUUCCCUACAAAUAGAUCCACUGAAACGGAAAGUAUCGACUUCUUCCUUGUGGAAUUUAGAAGAGGCUUUUGCUGCCAACUAUUGGUGGAAACUGGUACUACAUGUAUCACAAUAGCCAAUCAUCUCCAUUCAUUUUCACUUGUUGGAGACGCUCUGCUAUAAAAAAUUUUUAUGUGAUACAAUGAUACUUUCCCUUUCUGUAGUCCCUCAUUUCACAUGUUGUUUUAGCUCAUACCCAUCACAAUAUUCUCUGCCAGUAUAGGGAAUAAAAUGACUUAUUUUCAUAGAAACCAUUAAAAACAUGUAUUUUAUAUUGGCCCUGCAUAGGCCAGCGGAUUAUAAUGCCAUAUCCCUUUAAGCAGCAAAGUCUCUGUUUUUUUUAUAAUCUGCUGCUACAAAAAACUGCUAUUCCUGGGGAACUGCAAAAUUAAUGUUUCAUAAGCACCGGGUUUUGAAGGAUUAAGUUGUACAUUAGAUGAUACUGCCAUUACUGAGGAACUCCCAUAUAUAUGUGAAUCCACCAUUGUCAUAGUGGAAUGUUUAAUAAAUGUGUUUCAAUAA